GAAAUUCCUACGGAGUGUCGAUGUGCAUUUAUCAUGUUUAUUCGAGUUGGGAAUAUCCUUCUAACCUGAACAGGAUAUAAGCUUUUAACUGGACAGCGUGACGCUUCAGGCGAGAACAGUAUCGAAAGUCAGCCGGGUUGCUUCAGAUGCUGGUAUGAUGUGUCCAGAUGAAGACCAAAUGUGAACAUCGUCAUCGCGGCGGCCUUGGCUGGCUGUUUCAGGGCUGGUCACCCCCACGAACUCAGGAAAGGGGUGAAUUCGGGUUGGACACGGGCAGGAGCAGCGUGAGAGGGCCAUGUGCAGGCGCGUGGACUUUGUCCGCCGGUGUCAGUGCGGGUUUUUGGAGAAAAUGGAGAGGAUUACUGAAUCGUUUAUCCUGCGCAGGCGUAGGGGACUUAGAUGCGUCAGAUUGGAGUCCAAGGUGUGGUCAAGGACUUGAUACUUCGUUUCGAAGUGAUAGGAAUUCAAGAUACGUUCAUACAAAGCGCAUUUAUUUCUCUGGAAUCAUUAUCUAUUACAUGAGAUUAUUAUUCUUGAUCUUUCUUUUGGCGGGAUCCUGUCGGGUAUCCUUGGCGAAGUCGCUGUUCAACGCCGCCAUCUUUGCUCCGGAAGACUGCGGUGGCGGCCUCUAUCGAGAUUACAAGCAAACUAUGGAUUACUCACUCUCGGAGGCAAAUAAAAUAUACCCUGAUAUCUCCUUGGAUUAUGUGAUGUACAUUUCCUGUGAUAUAACGUCAACAGUUGACAAGAUGUCAGCAAGUUUUAGCAAUAAAUCUUUAACAGCUAUUUUAGAGUACAGAAACUACUUCAUUUGUCGAACAUACAAUAAAUUCCCAAACAAAAUCGUGCCCAUGAUAUCCUCAAGUUGCUCAAAUGGAAAUGGCUUCGCAAGUACAUCGCCAUCGGAUACAAGCAAUGCAAAUGCAUUGAUGUCUGUUCUUAAGUAUUUCGAAUGGGGACAUUUGCUGAUCUUGACUGAAAAUAAGGAACCUAUGAUAGGUUUGUGCAGGGAGACAUUCAUUCGUUUGGCAGAGGUGGGGUUCAGUAUUGUAAUCAAGGAAUUGGAUACGAAUGCGAUUCGGGAUAAAAAGAAUAUGGAGACGAUGUUGGAUGGAAUGAACCGAGGAAUAAAAGCAUUCAUCCUCUGCAUGGGCCCAGCUGAAACAGCCCACUUUCUUCUCGCUGCUGAACAAACAAUGUCCAGUUGGAAUUACGCAAUAAUAUUAAUGCAACCGGUCCACGUGACUGAGAUGGCGGCCAUCAUGGAUGUUUGUAGGUCAUCCUACGCCGCCAUUUCUCAAACGGAUAACUUCAACAAGACCAUGAAGAAUGUACUUUUAUUUGGGACGGCGUACCCUGGGAUAAAUCUACGAGAUGACGUUUUAAAGAACGCUAUCAAUGUACAACAAAAUAUGCACGACGCUGUUCUGCUUCUCUACGGUGCCAUCUCAAAGACCAUAACAGAAGGAGGAAACCCACUCGAUGGCACGGCAUUGCAAAUGAAUAUGCAGGGGACAAACUUUACAUCUACGGGGAAAAUCGUCAUACAAAUGGACAAAAAUGCUCAAAUCGUCCAAGACUUUGUGUUAUUCGAUUAUAUGUGUAUACCUCUGCUCCGUGUACAUAGUGUGAAUAAUAGUGUUGAACUUGUACAGGCCGUUGACUUCUGGCGUGACAUAAUUGGGCGUGACGAGUGUUUCUUAGAAGAUAACUGCAACACCAGUGGUGAGUAUGUGUCCAUGUGUAAAGGGUAA